AUGGCUCCGAUGAUCCAGGACGAUCCUCAGACGGACCUCACUAACAAGAUAGUUUCGAAGACUUCUACUGUAUCGAACAAGGCUGAUAGCAACGAGGAAGCUCGACUUCAAGAGAUUGCUUCGAAGCGGCUCAUUAAUUAUGGAACCAAAUUCGAGAAGGAUAUCAUAGUCCACACCAGUGGAUUAUACGUACAAAACGCUGCUGGGCAUAAAGUGCUCGACUGGACAUCGGGGCAGAUGUCAUGCCUUGUCGGGCAUGGCCAUCCUGAAAUUGUCCAAACCAUCACAGAACACGCAACCAAUCUUGACCAUCUCUUCUCUGGAAUGCUCUCGCCUCCGGUCCUUCGAUUGGCUGAUCGUCUGACGUCGGUACUGCCUGAAGGUCUGGAUAGAGCGUUCUUUUUGAGCACUGGCGGCGAAUCAAAUGAAGCUGCCAUUAAGAUGGCCAAAGUUUUUACUGGGAAAUUCGAGAUCGUUGGCCUGGGUGCGAGCUGGCAUGGUGUAACAGCUCAGGCUCUAGGGACACAAUACCAUUUUGGACGAAAAGGGCAAGGGCCGUUGAUGCCUGGUAUGCACAUGCUUCCACCACCUAACGCGUACCGAUCGAUUUUCAGGAAUGCAGACGGGUCUUAUGAUUGGGAGAAGGAGCUCGACUAUGGCUGGAGCUUGAUUGAUCGUGCCUCGUGUGGUUCUUUGGCUGCUUGCAUUGUCGAAUGUAUCCAGUCCUCGGCAGGGAUGCAUGUUCUUCCAGAAGGAUAUCUCAAGGCUCUAAAGAAACACUGCGAGCAACGAGACAUGCUUCUGAUUGUUGACGAGGCACAAACUGGUAUCGGUCGUUGCGGUGAUCUGUUCGCGUCAGUCAACUUUGAAGGCGUCGUGCCUGAUAUUUUGACUCUGAGCAAGACGCUUGGAAAUGGCUUACCUUUGAGUGCAGUGGUCACCAGCGAUAAAAUUGAGAAGGUAUGUGCUGAGAAUAAUUUCUGCUUCUACACGACACACGUCAACGAUCCUCUUCCUGCCGCAGUUGGCGAUAAAGUGCUUGAGAUAGUCCUUCGGGAUAAUCUAGUCGAGAACUCUCGUGCACGAGGCAAACAACUCAAAGAGGGCCUGCUCAGGCUCAAGGCGCGGUACGGCUGUAUAGGAGAUGUCAGAGGUCGCGGCCUCAUGUGCGGUGUUGAGAUCGUUGGUAAUCGUGACAAGAAAUCUCCUGCCAAUGAAUUGGCGGCAAGCGUCUCUAACAAGAUGUAUGAGCUAGGACUGUGGGCCAAUUUGUCCAGUCAUGCCUCUUUCGCAGGAGUCUUUCGUAUCGCACCUCCCAUUGUCAUAACCGCAAAACAGAUUGAUGCAGGAUUAACCAUCAUGGAGGAAGCCUUCAGGGUAACACAGGGGACAAUGCCACUGUAUUGA